GCUCUCGCGAAACCCAUGUGACUCGUUGUCAUUUACCCUCCGUUAGCUACGUCCGAACACAUUUGGACGAGUGUGGCUGUGCAACUAUGGCAACGUUCUUUGGAGAGGUUAUAUCAGUGUAUUCCAGAGCAGUAGAAGAAGAUGAUUAUGACAACACGGAGGAAGAGAACGAAGACGAUGUACAAAUUCGGCGAGAAAUAGAAGAGAAGCGGGAGGUUCAUGUCAGGUGGUGCCAAGUGGUUUCAAAAGCAUUAGAGAGCUCUGAAAAUCUGAACCGUAUUCAUUUGAUCAUAGCAGUGGGACACAAUGCUGCAGGUUUUAUUUCAGCACAUGUGCUGAGUGCUGCGGACUGGGCUCAGGUGGGGUGGGUGGCGCUGUGGAACGAAAGGAGCCAUGGCUCCAAACGGCCAGACACAGCCCCUCUGCCUGGGGAGCCAGGCUGUGUUCUCUACCAGCAGGACAGCUGUCCCUCAGUUCUUAUCUGCCAGUGUACAGGUUAUGUUGCCGAAGACCAGCUGUUCCAGUGGGCUGAAAGGGUGUUGGGCAGCGUGCAGAAGCGAGGUCUGAGCGUGACUGUGCUCUCCGACUGCCCCCUGGCUGAGUAUAAAUCUCCCGACUACAUGACGAGUAGUGGCGCACCGUUCCUGCGUGCGCUGAAGACCAGCAUGCACGUGGGCACCCUGCCCUGCCCCCUGCUGGAGCUGCCUAAUAUCAUCACUGGCUUGCCUGCAGCAGUGCUGAGUCACUGUCAGGUGCAUCGCAUCCCAGCUGUGCUCUUCCAGUGCUUCACUGAUGUCAUUCACCCGGACUCGGUGACCAUGGAAACCUAUAAACCCAUCCUCUCGUCUCUCAGUGCUUCGGUGAAGCUGGAAGCUUCUCCCAGUACAGAAAUACUGCAGAGAUUAACCAGGAUUAAUGACUCUCAAAGCAACAUCUACACAUAGUGAAAAGACCUCAGGGGAAAUGAAUUGUAUAUCGUUUUUUGUCCAUUUGCAUUGUAAAAUAUUUUUAUGGCUAAUAAAGAUGUGCUGUCCUAUGUGACAAUUGUUUUUAAGACUUGGUGAAAGUUUAUUUCUGGACAGCAGGUGGCGCUAUUAGGCUUUUGCUUUUUGCUUCUAUUUUGAAUUACGGGCCUUUUUGAGCCUCACUCUUUCCAUUUUCCCAGUACCCUGCAUGGAAAGCUGUUAUAUAGCAGUUUUCCAACAUGCAGCCAUGUGCAUGUAGCCUUGUUACCGCUGACUGUUCAGUUCUAGAUCAUUUUAUGGCUGUGGUUCUUCGGACGGGUUUUCUGGAUUUAAAGCAUAUGAUAAACAAGCUUUAAUGUUACAUUUAUUCAGGAUCCUGUAAUGUGCCCAGGAAUAAUUGAAUAUCUUUAAAUAUUGUGGGUUUUUUUUGUUUGUUUGUUUGUUGUUGUGGUUAUUUUGUUUGUUUGUUUUUACAGUUUACUGAGGAUGACUCCUAAUUACAGACACAGAGGCUUGAUUAAUAAAGCUUUUAUGGUAUCCUAGUAAGACUGUAAUGAGAGGUAAUGGCUUAAUGAGGCUGUGUGUAAACAAACUCUUUAAAAUUAAAACCAUAGAAGUUCUAGUUUGAUGAGAUUGAUCUUAUGAUUGAACCUAUUAAGAAGGGCUUCUUUAAUGGUGUGCGUUUACUCGACAGAAUACUUAACAUUUAGUGUAUAAUAUCUUAUGAGUGUUAUAUACUAUAUUGGUAUAAUAAGGGAAAAGAUGAGUAUAAUAUCUUAAGACACAUCAACAGAAGCAUCACAAAACUAAAAUAAAAUUGAGAAAUCUCAAAAUUA